AUGGCCUUGUGUUGCAGCCUUAUAGAUGCUGAAGUAGAACACGUUCAAGGAAUAUUAAACUCCAUUUCGUUUAACUCAGAUAGGGCGACGUAUUUUUUGAAAAUCUACAAGAUUACUUAUGAAGAAUUGAUGAAAUUAAAUGAACAACCAUACAAGUUCCCCAUUGAAGCCAAUAAGCUAUUGAAAUUGAGUAUUUCUUUGGGAAAUCUAUUGAAAACACUACAAAUGGACGAGGAAGACUUUCAACACCAGCGUCAACAACAACGGCAGUUUUUAAGUAAGCUAAAUGGGAAAAAUGCCGAUACCAAUACUAAUGCUAAUGCUAAUGCUAAUACUACAGGUGGUAACAGCAAAUUGAACAGUGCCGAGGAUCCUUUUAGUAGUGGCAAGCAAAGUCAAUUUCCAGCAAGACAUGUAAUACACAGUGAUAGUAGUCAAACAUUACAAAACCAGCCUCAUCAAAUGAGAUUUGUCAAGAACUUACUAACGAUUCUCAAAAAUUUCGAUAUUGAUGAACCUAGGGUGGUUAGCUAUAGUGACUAUUCGAGCAAUAAUCGCGAAAGUAUGGGGUCUUUUGCUUCUGCUCCACAUACACCGCAACGGAUUUUUUCUAACGGAAGUAAUGGCAGCACAGUGAUCACCUCACCAAUCAAACUAAACUCCAAACAACUUCUAAUUGAAAAGCUAGAGAUAAAUAUCGAUCUAGACAUUUUAUUUAUUUAUAAAGUUUUGUUCAAGCUCAUAUUAGAAAUAUAUGCAAAAAUACGUCAAAAUUUAAUUCAGUUAAAUGAGAAUGGCGUAGUAGAAACUACGUCAUCUUCAAAAGCGUCACCUUCACCAUCCCCACAUGAUGAAAAUUUGUCAAUCUUUUCCACAAGAACAUCAGUAUCCCAAGAGUCAAAUCAAGACAGCGAAGAGUAUUUAAAGGCUUUCAAUAAUGUACUCAACCGAAUUAGUCAUGGUAUUGUUCAACCUUUUGCUUCCUUAAUUUAUGUUGAAAUAGUUGAGCCUAAGAUAAAUGACAACUUUACUCGUUUAAUAAAUAACUUAUGA